AUCAACAAGUUGUCAACUUCUUUUGCCAUCUUUUGCGUCUAUACGCACAGUAUACCUUGUUAGAAGCUUGAGAAACCGUGUUAACUUCCACCUUCAUCCAAGAUGAGCAUAUCGGUAGACAUUUUCGACGCCAGCACCAAAAAGCCGGCAGUGAAUUUGAAGAUAUCGUUGUGCCGUGCUCGGGGCAUUGCAUCGAACGGAGUCGUCAUGAGCUGGGAUAAGCUCGACGAAGGAGUUACCGAUAGCAAAGGCCACUACAAAGCAUCAUCGUCUGGUGGUGAUGAGGGGAGUACCCCCUUCGGCAAUGGGCAGUACAAGCUAACUUUCAAGAUUGGCCAGUACUAUGAGCAGCUUGGAACGAGAUCGUCCCAUCCGUACGAUGAGAUGCGUUUCGAAAUCAACGAUGAAAGCCGGGAUUUUCACAGUAAGCUUAAAUUGAAUCCGACGGCAGGACUUGUUCGAGAUGAAUGAAGCUUUCCUGUCCAUGACCCCAACAAAAACCACUAAGAACAAUAGUAGAUAAAUUUAAAAGAAAAAAACCGUUAUAAUUCCAUGGAAAUCAAAUCAAGUCCAUUGUCGUCAGAUAUUAAAUAGUACGGCUUCAUUAAUUCGUUGGAUGGCUAAAAUUUAUUUUAAUCGAAUUUUUAAAGUGUUUAUUGUAAUAUCAUAUACUUUCCUUUUAAAUAAAAAACAUAAUGGCUAUUCUGUA